AUGAUAGCUCGACUUCUAGAUUUGGGUUUCGAAGAUUCAGAUGUCGAUAAUGACGAUGUUUCCAAUGAGUUGGUCAUUUUAAACGACGCCAGAGUUAUAUCAGUCAAUCGGUUGGCUGACAUCGCACAAGAAUCUCAAAUCGACCUUCAGCAACCAAUGGCAGAUGAGCCCGAGGAUGUUGAGAUGGUGGGAUAUGAGAAUGGUUUAUGGAGCUUGGUACAAGCUGCAUUCGACUUGACCGGCUUGCCUGAUGACAAGUGGGUGCAGAAGAGAAAGGAAUCUGGUUUGUGGAGUCAACUUUUGGUUUCGUUCAUGUUCAUGAUCGCUGGAAUUGAUUCGAAGAUUCUUGAACAUGUUGUUCGUGGAGACUUACCGAAAGCCUUACUCGAGCCUGAAAAUUAA